CAACAAACAAAAACAAAACUGAAAUACAUGCAGCGAUAAACAAAUCCCCAAAGGCACCACCGAUUCAGGUAAAACUAUUUAUGGCGGAGAGUUUAUAAUUGGACUUUCGUACGUUGAGUAUCUUUCCCCAAAGACUGCUUUCAAUUACUUCACCGGUCAGUUCUACUUCAUCAAUUAAAGACUUUUACUUGGCAAUGAGAAAGGUAGAUUGGUCAAAUUUAGAUUGCUACCCUCUUAGUUUGGUUCUUGACGAGUUGGAAGAACACAUAGAUCAUGUUAGGUUUGGUGUGGUGUGCAAGAGUUGCCUAUCAAUUGCAAAGCUUAACCAUAAAAAUCAUCAAUUUAGGAUUGAUGUACCACCUAUGUUAAUGAUCCUCUCAAACAAAUUGUCUCGUAAACGUGCAAAAUCAAAGAGAAAGAUGAAAUCAUUAUAUAGUAUCCCAAGUGCGAAAGAGUACCCUAUUCAGUUAUCCCAUCCUUCCAUCAUUAAAAGUAAAACAUGUUUAGGUUGUAGCCAUGGUUGGCUUGCACUAGUGGAUAAAAACAAUGCCAUAACUCUAGUGAAUCCUUUUAAGAGCAGUAUAGCUCCCAUUAGUCUGCCACAUCUCGAAUCUCUCAACAAGGUUACCUUGUCUGCUGACCCCAUUACAAGCCCAAGUGAUUAUGUGGUUGCAGCGAUUUACAAUUUUGGUUCUCUCGCUUUCAAAAGAGCAAGCCAGUCUUUUUGGAUUCGUGCAGACACAAAUGAAUUUUCUUUCACUAAUGUUGUAUUUUAUGAAGGCUUGGUAUUUGCGGACAGCGAACAAGACUUCAUUGUAUCCUUCAAAUUAAACAAUCCUCCUUGUGAUGACUCAAUUGAUCUUAAUUUUACUUACCUUGAGAAGAUAGCUAUUACUCCAUAUUUUUGCCCAGAAGAAUAUUAUUAUGGGAAUACUUAUUUUGUGAAAUCAUUGACUGGAGACACAUGGAUGGUGAAAAGAUGUUUAAUCGACCCACACAAUCUUACAUACAAACUCUACGUUUUCAAAAUGGAAAUGGACGCCCAGAGCGGAAAAGUUGAACAAAUAAAAAAACUUGAGAGUUUAGAGAACAACAUUUUAUUUGUCGGAAUCGGUGAUUCAAUUUCUGUGUCAGCCGCUUGUUUCUCAAAGUUUGAAAAGGAUUCAAUUUAUUUUAUUUAUGAUGGCGACGAAGAUGAUUUAGAGUUACAGAUCUAUAAUGCGAAGGAUGGAAGUUAUCGUAGUCAAUCUUUACCAAUUUCCUUCAAGAGGAUGUUACAUCUUUGGGUAGACCCCAAUUUCAAUGGGAUUGAUCUGUUCAUCUUUACAUUAGGUUAUUUUGAUCCAAUUGUCACGGUGGACUAGAGAUGCUUACCAAUCUUCUGAGAUGAAGUUAGAAGCUUAUUCAUGUUGUGUUAGAGACCAUAUUUAAGCAACAAAAAAGGUCUUGGAGACUACCUUGUACUUUUUGAUUCUCAGGCUCAUGUUUUUGCUAUCAUUUCCUUAUGAUUAAUUUGCUUUUUUAUUUUUUAUU